AUGAACUCCUUGAGGAUAUGUUUUUGCCUGUUCUUGACCGUCGCCUGCGCAUGGAGCUUGCCAUCUGGCAUGGACUCCCAGUCCGUCGGCCACAACUCCAUCCAAGGCAAAGAGGACUUAUUAGACGGCAUCUACAGCGACUGCAUUAACAAAGGUUCCGUGUCAUGCAUCAAAUACAAGUUGUUCGCUUACGUCGACAAGGCAUUGAACAAGGAUGAGAUCAACCUGACCGAGGGAGUGACUGUCGUCAGAUCGGCCGGAAGCCCGGGAGACGGUGCCCCACGAUCAUUGUCAUUGGACGGCAGUGCAGACCAACCCAAAGACAUGGAAUCCCUGGUCGUCAAACGCGUCUUGCGUUACCUGAACGAACACUCCAUCAAGGUUGACAUCAAGGGAGUUGAUAUGGUCAAUGCCGUGUCCAGAACCGGAAAGUCCAUCAGCGACAUGGUCAGCCAAUUGAUCGGAGACAACGAAGAAGAAGACUCGUCCGAAGAAAACCGUGGAAUCAAAAAGAAGAAGAAGAGCAAGCACGUUCUUUUGACCCUGUUGACCCUGUUGAAGAUCAAACUCGCCGCCAUCCUUCCGUUCGCCAUCGGUAAGAUCGCCCUCAUCGCCGGUAAAGCCUUGUUGUUGGGAACCAUCGCACUGGUCCUGUCCCUCAUCGGAGUCCUCCAGAAGGUGCUCAGCAAACAUCACGAGAAGACCGUCACCUACGAGGUGAUCCCACAACACCACCACGAAGUGCACGGUGGACACGACUCUUACGGUAGUGCCGGAGGCGCCGACAUCCCAUCCGGUGGAUACGGUGGUGGUUCUGCCAGCGGCGGCGGAUGGGGACGCAGCGUCGACUCCCAACAGAUGGCCUACAGCGCCCAAGCACCGCAGACAUCCCAAUAA